GGGGUUGGAGCCCAGGCGGCGGGCCGGGAGGGGCUGGCAAGUUUGCUUGCCGAGUUCGGAGCCCAGGAGUCCCCGCGGCUGUCGCGCAGGUGCCUUCCGCCUAGGUCGGGAUGGAGCUGCCAGCCGUGAACCUGAAGAGUGGGCAGUGGUGCCAGGUGAGAAGAAACAGCUGCCCCAGGCCCUUUGCACCAGAGGCAACCCCUAAAUGAGUCCCAUCUGUGAGGCGAGUCUUGAACUGGAGGAAUGACAUCGUGACAAGAAGAAAGGACUAGACUUGGCUUCAUGAGGUCUUGUGGAAAGAAGCCCUUGGGAAGGAGAUGAUCCUCCUGGUUCAUUGGCUGCUGACGACCUGGGGCUGCCUCGUGUUCUUGGGCCCAUAUGCCUGGGCCAACUUCACCAUCCUGGCCUUGGGCGUGUGGGCCGUUGCCCAGCGGGACUCCAUUGACGCCAUAAGCAUGUUUCUGAUUGGCUUGGCAGUCACCAUCUUCCUGGACAUCGUCCACAUCAGCAUCUUCUACCCACGGCAGAACCUCACCGACACGGGGCGCUUCGGCGCCGGCAUGGCCAUCCUCAGCCUGCUGCUCAAGCCGUUCUCCUGCUGCCUCGUCUACCACAUGUACCGGGAGCGCGGGGGUGAGCUCCAGCUCCACGCUGGUUUUCUUGGACCUUCACAGGACCGCAGCGCUUACCAGACGAUUGACUCGCCAGAGGCACCCUCAGACCCUUUUUCUGGCCCGGAGGGCAAGAAUCACAGCCCCCAAGGGUACUGAAGCCAGCCCUGCCCGGCCGGGCCCUGGCACAGGGGCAUUUGACAGGCUCCCAGGGAGGCCCAGGCCGCGUAGCCUUCCUCCCGCCCUGGACGCCGCUCCAGGGCUGCUCCUCGCCCCGCCUUUCUUGGGCCGAGCAUGGAAUGUGUCCUCCCACGUCCUGUCUCGGGUGUUGCCUGACCGUCUCUGUGCACACACCUGUCCCGAGCGCCCCGAGGCCUUCCCUUCCAGGAAUCCCACUGGGCGCAGGCUGGGAACGAGGUCACUUUCCUCACUGCCCCCCUCAGCUGCUCCGUGUAGGCCCCGGUCAAGCCACACCUGAGCCUGGCAGGGUCCAGCCUCUAAGGCCAGUGAUGCCCCCUUUCCGGGGCGUCCUCGCAGUGUGUCAAGCCCUCCUGCAGAAGCUCCGUGAGCUUUGGGUCAUGCUCAGCCCCAGGAGCAGUCCAGCAUGGAGGUGAGGUCCUUGCGUCUCUCACUGCCUGGGCACUUGGUGCCUAUGGACCCCAAGGCUGGAGGCAGGAGGUGUGUGUAGCCCCUGAGACCCACCACAGCCUCCAGCUGCCCUCUCAGCCAUGGCAUUAAAGUUCAGGGGAUUCUGUAGCUAGAUGUGUGUCGAGCCAUGAUUAAUCACCCAGCGGGCUGGGGCCUGUCUGCAUUCGUGGGAAGCUUUCCCCUGCGAAUUCCCAGGCUGCCUGGGCUUAGCUGCCCAUUCCCUCGUGGCAGGAGGAGGCAGAGGCUUGUGACCAGCUGGGCCUGCCCUGCACCCAGCUCUGGCCUAGCUGAGGCCCUAGCAGAGGAGGACAGUCUUCCAGGAUGUCUGUUUCUCUGAAUCAGAUGACUCCGGUGUUGGUUUGAAUCUUGCUCUGCCACUGACUGGCUGUGUAUCCUCGGGCAGCUUAGCCUCUCUGACCUUGGUGUCUUCUGGACAAGUGCUAACGCCUGCCGAGGGGUGAUGCUGCAAAUGACGUUAAAUGUCUGGUCCACAAAAGGGCUCCCGAAAUGACAGCAAAGUUGUUAGUGGGGUUGCUCCUUGAGCCUGUGAUGAUGGGUCAGAAGGUGACAGGCAACUUCUUCCUGGCUGACCCUGGCUUGGCCUCAGAGCUGACUGGGACUGACACAUGUCCAGAAGCCCCAGCAGCCCCAUGGCCAGGGCCCAAACCCACUCUGACUGGGGUGGACACUGACCACUGGGCCCCCGGUGUCUGGGCUUCCCUGGUCUGGUCCACAGGGGUGAACUCCGGUGCCUACUCUCAGGGAACAGAUGUUCAGAGUCCUCUGCGGGAGGCAAGACUCCCGGGAACAGGGAAGGACCUCGUGCUCUGAGGCCAAGGGACGCUGUGUGCCGCAGCCAUGGCAACGGAAAACGGCCUCACUGUCAGGAGGGGGCGGACAAACAAGCCGUGGGACGUUCAUCCUGUGGAAUCUUGUUCAGUUGCGGUGAAUAAACCAGACAGACCUGUUUCUGUCAGCAUGAACAGAACGGUGCGGGGUGGCGUCUGCAACAGGAUGGCACGGCUGUGAAUUUCAACACCACAGCAGUACCACGCAUUAUUCUUGGGCGUAGAUGCAGUAAAAUAUAAAAGUGUGGCCCAGAA